CCGACAACUGCCGAUAAGGCGUUACGACCAGGGCGAGCUAUAUAAGCAGUUGGCUUCGGCUGAACCUGUGCUUUCUCUAUAGAAGUGCACGAUGGCCUUUGCUGGAAAAUAUCAGUUGGAAACCCAGGAGAACUUUGAGCCUUUUAUGAAGGCCAUUGGUCUCCCUGAUGAUCUGAUUCAGAAGGGCAAGGACAUCAAGAGCAUCUCUGAGAUCGAGCAGAACGGCGAUCACUUCAAGGUUACCGUCACGACUGGUACCAAGGUCAUGGUCAACUCCUUCACGAUCGGGCAGGAGUGUGAGCUCGAGACCCUGACUGGAGAGAAGAUCAAGACUGUUGUGCACCUGAAUGGGAACAAGCUGACCGUGUCACUGAAGAGCAUCGAGUCCGUCACGGAGUUGAGUGGAGACACCAUUACCAAUACCAUGACCUUGGGGCCCAUUGUGUACAGAAGAGUCAGCAAGCGCAUCUCCUGAUUAUGGGACAAAUAAAUAAAGAGGAAAAUCCAA